AUGGCCGAGCCACUGCUGCAAGCUGUGUCAAUCUGCAUCCAUCAGCUGCAGUCGCAGACGGCGCAGCAGCGAGAGCUGCAGGAUUCGGAGCAGCUCCGGGAUCAGAACGUCGCAGGUUGGAUCGGAAGCAUCGGCCGGUCCGAAACCUCGGCGGGGAACAUAUUGGAAGCCGGGCUACUGGAGAAGUCCCAGUCGCGGGAGGUGGAGUACGAGCUCGAGAAGGACGAGAGCGAGCUGAACGGAUACGAGGGAGACGAGGGCCUGCAUGUGGAGUCGGCGGAGGCUUCGUUGCAUCUCCAGAAACUCAACCUCACUCCGGCAAUGGCCAGAGACCUCAAGGUGGGCAUGUGGAAUUUUGAUGCCAUUCAAACAGCCAGCGAGCACGGCUCCGUGCUAAAGAUCGUCGGCAUGGAGCUGGUCGGCAAGGCUUCGUUCAUCUCGAGGAGCUGCCUGGCACCUUUUCUGGAUGCCAUGGAGGAGAGGUACUUAGUGAAUCCCUACCACUCCAGCGCUCACGCAGCCGACGCGGCGAACUCGUUCCAGGUCCUCGCCUCCAGCUCGGGCUUGCUGCACUGCUCGUCCUCACCCCUCCCGGCGCUGCGGAGCGUCUCCAUGUGCGUUGCUGCCCUUGGGCAUGACUUGGGCCAUCCAGGCCUCAACAACAGCUUCCAAAUUAACUCCCGGGAUGCCCUGGCCGUUACAUACAACGACCGCUCUGUCCUGGAGAACUUCCAUGCCGCUGAGUUGGAGCGGCUUCUUUCGCGGAGGUAUGGGCCGCGCCAAACGAAGCUGAUGGCCAUCCCUCAGAAUCACGAAGCAAGGGAACGGCAGGUUCGCAUCUCUAUGAUCCUCUCCACGGACCUCUCGAAGCACAUGCAGGACCUUGGGGACCUCCGGCUACGGCUUGGAAGCGGGGACUUCGACCCAUUGGAAGUCAAUGCCGAUCAGCAGUUGGCGCUGACCUGGUACUUUCGCGCAUCGGAUAUUGGACAUUCAGCGAAGCCAUGGGAUAUUCACAGGCGCUGGUCCGAGCGCUUGGUGGAGGAGUUCCAUGCCCAGGGUGACGUGGAGAAAGGCCUGGGUUUGCCACUGUCGCCACUCUGCGACAGGCACAACUUCGACCUGUCCAAAUCUCAAACGGGCUUUCUGCAGUUCGUCUGCAUCCCCAUGUUCGAAGAGCUUGGGAGACUGGACGAUCUCCUCGAAAGCGGCUGUGAGCUCAACAAGCAAAGGAAGAAGCCGGUCACAUCGGUCUCUUUGCAUCUUUCCCGCCAUGACAUGAAGGUGGUACCUUGGGAGGACGUCGUGCCAAGCGUGGAGCUCAAGGUGGAGUCCAGGCUCUCGCGGUCAUUCACCGGAGGCGUGCCUCCCGAAGUGGACAAGCAUCAUCUCCCUGGUCGCGUGACCAUCCGCAUCGCACAGAAGCUCCUCCUCCAGUGCAAGGACAACAUGAACAGCUGGAAGAACUACGUCGACGACUUCUGA